UUUCCUUUAGCAGUUGAGAAACAAACACAACUUCUUCACCUUCAUUUCUUUACUCCAAAGCUUCUUCAGUCAUCCCACAAACCUUGAUACCUAUACCGCCAAAACUGCCAAAACAACAAUAAAUCUCGGAUUUGUUAUAAUUUUCUCAUAAUCUUAGCAAAAACUGCCAUGGCUAUAGGUUUGAUCAACAACACCAUUUUGAAACCCUAUUCAUCUUCACCCUCCUCCAGUGAUGAUAUUCAGUCACUAGAUAUUUCCAGUAACAAUGAUGUUUUGGUUCCUCUUACUAUUUUCGAUAAAGCUGCGUUUGAUCUUCAUGUAGCUGUUUUAUACGCUUUUAAAGCACCUAUGCCAUCAAAUGAAGUCAUGAAAGCUGCACUCUCGAAAGUUCUUGUUUAUUACCCUCACUUAGCCGGACGUUUUACUACCGACGGUCAAGGUAGAACUUGUAUUGUUCUGAAUAAUGCAGGUAUUCGUGUCACCGAGACUUAUGUUCCUACUUCACUUGCUGAACUGCUUCCUUUUGAUCCAUCCAAAGAUGUUAGGCAUCUUCUUCCACCUGUUGAGGGAAAUAUCGAAGAAUUACUUCAAAUUCAACUCAAUCGUUAUGCUUGUGGUGGAUUAGUUAUCGGCCAAACUGCUCAUCACCGUGUUUGUGAUGGUCAAUCCAUGAGUUCAUUCUUUGUUGCAUGGGCUAGAACAGUACGGGGUCUUGCUACGGACCCCCUUCCUUAUCACGAUAGGCUGGCCGUUUCGCAACCAAGAAACCCACCAAAAGUAGAUUUUGACCAUCGUUCAAUUGAAUUCAAAAAGACUACGAUGAAUCCAGACAUGGCACCGGUAUUUUCACCUUCCAUUGAGACCUUGAUCAUCCAUUACUCACCGGAGUUUGUGAAAAAGCUCAAAGCUAAAAUCAGUGAACAAAGUUCAGCUCAAAACCAAAGAUACAGUACUUUUGAGUGUCUACUUUCUCAUACAUGGAAGAAGGUGACUGAAGCUAGAGGACUUGAUCUAGAAGAAUCAACUCAAGUUAGAGUUGCAGUAAAUGGAAGAGCAAGAAUUAAACCAUCAGUACCAAUGGAAUAUUUUGGUAAUUUAGUCCUCUGGGCUUAUCCAAAGUUGAAAGUUAAGGAAUUGUUGGAACAUAACCAUGCAUAUAUCGCAAAGGCAAUCCACGACGAAGUGACUCGUGUCGAUAAUAAUUAUUUCAAGUCUUUUAUUGAUUUCGGAGAGAUAGCUAAAGCAGAUGGAGGAGAAGAGCUUGAAGCAACAGCACCCGAAUUCGGAAACUCGUUAUGCCCAGAUUUGGAAGUUGAUAGUUGGUUGAGGUUUCAGUUUCAUGAUCUUGAUUUUGGUGGUGGGGGUCCUUGUGCCUUUUUCCCACCCAAUAUUCCAGUUGAAGGUCUAGUCAUUUUCUUGCCUACAUGUAGUGAAGAUGGUGGAGUGGAUGCAGUACUUUCUCUUUUGCCUGAACAUGUUCCUCUCUUUAAACAGAUUUCUCAUUCUAUCGACUAAAAGUUUAAACCUGAAGAUAGGGAUGAUUAAGAGUCAAAAUUAUAUAUAUGUGUGUGUGUUUUAUUUAGCUACUUCUGCACAUUUUGUUGGGAUAUGUUACGUGAUUUAAAUACUGUAAUUAUGGUUUUAUUACAUGAAAUCAACUUUGGUUUGACACUUAAAA